AAUUCUACUAUUCCGUGACAGAAUACUCUGAGCUUUCGCUUCUUGCCGGCCCAGCGCUGGUGAAUUUCGCGAAGUACUCCAGACGUAUUUCUUUUUGAACUGCUUCAAAUUCAGCAAUAUACGACUGCCUUCACCGAGAGGAAUGUUAUGAUGGAUAUGUCACCGAACUCAAAUUCGAAUAUCACCAAUCUCCCUCUUACCGACCCAAGAUGCAAUAGCGAUGCCUGCGCAGCGUACAAGGCCGCCCACCUUGCAUCUCAACAACAAAUCUCUUGGGCAUCUCAAUUUCUCUACGGCCAUUAUGUAACCUGGUACUAUAUCGUCGCCCUUGGUUUAGGGAUGCUAGUGUAUGGAACCAAAUUACUUCGGAAUCAAUAUCCUAGAGCUUUGUCUCCUUCGGCACCGAGCCUCCAGAAGUCCAAGUCGACCAGAGUACAGCACAAAAUCAUUGCAAUCAUCCGGUCUAUCUCUUAUCGGCGUAUCCGCGGCCGCUUCGGGGACUCACUUGGCCUCCCAAGUGUCGGCAUUUUUCUCUUCGUUGCUUUUACAUGCUUGUAUCUGCUCUUGCUGACGUUUGUCCAACGACCGUACUAUCGCCUUCAUCGAGGAUUUGGCUCCCCGCCUCUCGCUGUCCGGACGGGUCUCAUGGCCAUUGCUUUAACGCCCAUCAUUGUUGCAUUGGCAGGCAAAGUAAACUUGGUCAGCAUGUUGACGGGGAUCAGCCACGAGAAGCUGAACGUUCUACACCGCUACACAUCGUACAUGUGUUUAUUUUUGAGUAUUGUGCACACUGUUCCUUUUAUUGUGGCGCCAAUACGGGAUGGAGGAGCAGAGGCACUAAGAAAGCAGUUUUAUAAAAAGGGAGCGUAUGAAUUCACCGGCACCCCUGCACUCGGCAUGCUCGUCGGACUUUGCCUUCUAUCCAUUCCUUGGAUUCGACGCUAUGCAUAUAACCUCUUCUACCGUCUUCAUAUAUUGCUUUAUAUUGUAUAUCUGGGCCUGAUGUUUUGGCACGCCGGACAAGAACUUGACUCAUGGGCCUACCUUUGGGCUACAUUAGCAGUCUAUCUUGCAUCGAUUGUGGGUCGUUUACUUGUCAAAUGGCAGACCUUCAAUAUUCUACGAUCGGGGACAUGGUAUCGUGGGUUCCCUGCCCAAGCGGUCGUGCUUCCGGGAGACAUGACAAAAGUGAAUAUUUUUGGUCCAGUGGAUUUUGUCUGGACACCCGGCCAGCAUUGCUGGCUACGCUUUCCGCAUUUGUCGAUGCUUCAGAACCAUCCGUUCACGAUUGCUUCUGUACCAUGCUGUAGGCACGGCCUACAUGGGACUUCGAAAGAAGAGGAUGAAGUGAGCUGCUAUGGAGAUGUUCAGCGAAUGACAUUUUAUAUUCGCUCAUACAAUGGCCUAACCCGGCGUCUGGAAGAUCAUACUUGUGCCGAAAUUGCUAAGGAUGAUAAGUCCUCCGCUAUGUUCGAUGCAGAUGGUAUCUUCUCGGUACACGUUGAUGGACCGUACGGCGGAAUCGUGGAAGAUUUGUCAAGUCUGUACGAUUGUGUGGUAUUCGUAGCAGGCGGAGGUGGAGUCGCGUCAUGUAUGCCAUGGAUGUUGCACCUUGCGCGGAGGAUGCGUCACACCAGCCAAACACCAACGACCCCAUCUUCAGAGAGAGAAGACCGUCCAUCUGAUGACGGAAAAUCUCACGGCUACAAUGGCAGGGAGGAACAUACGUCCCGGGUUAAGGUGAUUCAUCUCAUAUGGAUGGUCAGACAUCCCGACCACCUUGAAUGGAUUACUUCUGACCUUGCGCAAGUCGUGCGCCUGGCGGGUCAUGAAAGAGUAAAAUUGGAAUUCUAUGUAACAGGAAAUAACAGGAAAGCUGGCAUGGCUGAUAUUGUUCCACCUCCCCAUCGCAGCUUGGUAGCCAAAGAAGCGAAAUCAUCAUCACUCGCUAUUGAUGAAACUCACGAGCCUGAUCAUGAUCUGGAAAAGGGACAACAGUCACAACAGCUCUCUUCGUCUGCGAACCUGCAGCUGCCUCCAGCCCGUAAGGAUUCCGAAAAUGAGACUGUACCGGCACGAAAGGCAUCUCUUAAGUUGGAUGAAGUCGAAGCUGCCGCAGCAUUACAUUCGAACACAAGAAUUGUGCCGGAAACCGCUGCAUCAGCGAUGCCACAAGAGGAUUCUAUUGCGGUGAUACGACACACUGUCAACGAGCUGAGAUCCAUACAUCCCGAGCGACCAUAUCUACCAGAUCUCUUACCUGGCUUACUUGAAGGGCAUAGAAGAAUCAUGAUAUACGGUUGCGGUCCCGAAAGUCUGAAAAUUGACCUGUCCAAUGCCACUGCCAAGGCACAGUCCAGAGUUUUGCGAGGCAAAGCAGAUAAAAUUUCGCUGCAUACCGAGACAUUUGGAUGGUGAAAUAAAUGAAGACGUUGCAAGGACAUCAACAGUAGUGUUGAUGGAGUCCAAUCUGGCGUGGAAAGCUUUGAUGUGGUUUUAAUAGGCUGUUGAAAGGAAAUAAUGUACUGCCAUCAAAUGAGCCCUGUAUUCGUUGUUUGCGUAAAUUACUAUUCAAUACAUUAUCGGAAUGUUUCCUGUUCAGCCAAGAGAAACCUUUCCGGUCGCAGUUUAGGUCUGAGUGCACUGUCACAAUGAACUACAGUAGCCAGAAAUUAGUUGGGUUUAGUGCUCGACUCGGUCCGACCCUUGCAGACCGAUAGCCAGCAAAGCUUCUCUUCCACCGCUGGCUGGCACGAAUGCACAGACGCGCAUUGCUUUGGCUUCGUUAACAUCCCAGGACUUGGAAUUAAACCACCGU